GUGAAAGCAAUAUGGCUAUGGCUAUUACCUCCAGAAUAUCAAAUCCUUUGAUGUGUAAUUGGUCAGAUCGUCCCGUUACCAAGAAGAACUCCUCUCUUCGAAUGAAUUCGAGUACCCGUUUACGAACUCAAUCUUUGUCAAUAGAGACUGAAGUCACUGACACUGUUGAAUCUCAGUCACUCGUUCGUCGCCUCAUUCUUCUUCGGCAUGCUAAGAGUUCCUGGGAAUACCCUUCACUUCGAGAUCAUGAUCGCCCUUUGAGUAAAGCUGGAAAGGAUGAUGCCAUAAAAGUUUCACAGAAGCUGCAACAGUUGGGCUGGAUACCUCAACUUAUUUUAUCCAGUGAUGCAGUGCGAACAAGGGAGACCCUUAAGAUAAUGCAGGAACAUGUGAGAGGCUUUUUAGAAGCUGAAGUUCAUUUCAUUUCCAGCUUUUACUCUGUUGCAGCAAUGGAUGGACAAACUGCCGAGCAUCUUCGGCAAGCUAUAUGUAAAUACUCAGUGGAUGAAAUAGUUACCGUCAUGUGUAUGGGACAUAAUAGAGGAUGGGAGGAGGCAGCAUCAAUGUUUGCUGGUGCAUUGAUAGAACUUAAGACAUGCAAUGCUGCUUUGCUUGAAGCGUCUGGAAAAUCGUGGGAAGAGGCAUUUGCUAUUGCAGGACUUGGGGGGUGGAAGCUCCAGGGCAUAGUAACACCCAGUACCGCUUAGAAUUUUGUAAAAUUCUGAAUAUUAGCAGUACUUAUGCAGACCCUUUGUGACCUGAACGGCUAACCCUUAAUGGAAAAAAGAAGAAAAAAUGUCUACAGGUUGUUCUACUUGUAACAAGUUGUGCCUCUCCCGAAUCUUUGUCUGCAUCUUCCAAAAAAUUUACACUCCGAGAAAGUUAAGAUAAUACUGCCCUGACACCAGAACUGCAGUCAGCAAAGUGCAGAAAGGUGGAAACUAAUCUUAUUUGCCGCCAGAUAUAAUUCUUGAUUAACUGGCUAUAGAUUUUGGUUAAGAGUACGCAAUAGCAAUAUGCCAAAGUGAAGUAUGCUGAUUUUCUACACUAGGGGAUCCCCAGAGCUUUGAAGGGCAAAAGCUAGAGCAUCCAGAAAUCAUUUGAAAUGGCCAAAGAUAUAACUUGGAAUGAAUGUAAAUACUUUAAUCUGAUUAUGGAAAUUUUUUCUCAAAUGAUUGCAAUCAUCUUAUAUAGAAGGAAUUCUACUACA